AUGCCACCUCGACCUAAGCAAAACGAAUCAGAAGUUUCUCAAGAACUUUUAGAUAGGUCUGGAUCUCGUCAAAAAAGGUCUUCUGCAGACCGUCUUGAGAAUUGUAUAGUACGUGAAUCAAUACCGAUAUUUAAUGCCAAUACACUUCCUAUAGCAACAUUGAGGAAGUAUCAGAAUGUAUUUAAGCUUCGUACACAAGUAAAUAGUAGCUCAAAUGAUGCGCUGGUAAACGCAGUUCAACGCCAUUUUAAUGCUUUGCCUGUUAAAGAAUAUGAUAUGAUUGUACAAUUUUUGUAUACAGUAAAAAAUAAAGAUAAAACGUUUAGAAGAUAUUUCCAUAAUGAAAUAGCUUAA